ACGAAAUCGAGUGGAAAGCGGAGCAAGUAAAACAAGUAGAGUAAAACACACAACUAAUUAAUUGUAAUUUGGCCGAAAGUGCAGACGGUGCGCGCGCGAUCGCUUGAUUGUAUUGUGAAUCAUUAGUAAUUAACGCAGCUUUGCAAAAUUAAAACGAAAUCAUAAAUAUACAAAAAGGAAGCAACAAAAAAGUGUAAAAGAGAAUCGCCAGAGGAGAGGGAGAAGAAAAUCUUCCUGGUUUUUGCAUGCUUUCAGACACUUUUAAGGGGUUUUAAGCCACGCCCAUGCAGUCCUUCACUUCGUUUUCCAACACAUAACAUGACAGUGCUGUCUAAUGAGAAGCUUUCAAGGCCGAAAGUACCGAGGUUAACUUUCUCCCUCACAUUUUCGCUCAGUGCAUGCUUAACGGCGACAGUAGCCGGCCCUGUUAACUGUUAAUGCUCGCCGGUGACAACGAGCGAGACAGUGGCAGCAACAACAAAAGGCGAUGAUUUCCGUUCACCCAUCGAUGGAUCAGCAAGAGCAGUUUGUAGCAGUACUAUGGUAAUAUCGAUCGGUACGAUGGGCCUCGUGCCGCAGCCACAUCGAAAAUUUGCAACCUAUCGUAGGAUGUAAAGGAAAAUCCCCGAGGAGAAGAACCGCAAGGCGAAUUUCAAAUAGUUUAGCAAAUAGAAGCGGCGAACCAGGGGUGAAGCGCCACCCCACCCACCGUCACACAAAUGAGGGUGCCACCAACAGGUUGACCACCAAAAAAAAAACCCCCCAAAAAAUAAGCAAAAUAACGUAGUAAUAAAAAAAGCCAACCGCACGACAAAUAGAAAAGGCAAAAACAACCGAAACCACCAGGCAGCCACCGAAAGAGAUAGAGCGCUAAAACAGAGCGAGAGGAGAGUGGAGAGUGUGUAAACAGAAAAAGGCGAAACACAACACACGAAAAUACAAAAUUCAAAGAGAAAUAAACCCGAAAACACACACAACACCCCCUUCAAACCACAGUAUCCCGCUACAAAAUGUUACAAAACUCGAACGGCGCUGCCGCAGCGCAUUCGGCAGCCUCAGCGGUGGCGACUCCGGCAGCGGCGGCAUCCGCAGCAGCAGCGGCUGCUGCAGCGGCUGUGGCUGCAGCGGCCAACAACGCCGCCCUGGCCGCCUCCUCCAUCCAGCCCAAGCUCAUCGUCAUCCGCCGGCGACCCAACCAGGGAUUCGGGUUCACGCUGCGCCACUUCAUCGCCUAUCCGCCGGAAGAUGACCAGGCAUCAUCAUCCGCAUCGGGAACGGCGACAGGAGCAACGGCGGCAUCGGUAUCGACCAAUUGGCCACAGGAAGCCUCCAGUGCGGCGGGCAGCAGCAGCGGCAGCAGCAGCAGCGUCGGCGUCGCCGGGAUCACCGGUUUGGAGCCAACGUCGCCGACGUCGCUGCCGCCGUACCAAGUGAAAGCGAUGGAGACCAUUUUCAUCAAAGAGGUGCAGGCGAACGGACCGGCCCACUACGCCAACCUGCAGACGGGCGACCGCGUGCUGAUGGUCAACAACCAGCCGAUCGCUGGCAUCGCCUACAGCACCAUCGUCUCGAUGAUCAAGCAGACGCCGGCGGUCCUCACGCUGCACGUGGUGCCCAAGGAGUGCGAUGUCCUGCAGAUGCACUAUACGAGCAUUGCCCACACGCCGGAGUCGAAUCGCCUGACCAUGUCGACGCACUCGCCCUCGCUGCUGGCCAACGGCUCCCACAAGACCACAUUUCCAGCGGCGGCAGCAGUUGCAGCACCACCGCAUCAGCAGCAGCAGCAGCAGCAACAGUUGAUCUCAUAUCCCGCUGUUGCAGCCGUGACCACAUCAUCGCCGGCAGGAUCGCCGCAAUCCCAAUCCCAAUCGCACCCCAACCCCCAUCAUGCGCCAUCCCUGCACGGAGGCAGUCGAUCGGGCAGCAUCACCAGCACGGCCAGCGGAGGCAUCACCAUCCUCAAUCAGCCGUUCUACCCACAGCAGCAGCAGCAGCAACAGCAGCAACAUCGUCAUCCAGCGCUGACCGGCGGCAGCAGCAGCAUCGAUUUCGGGGACAUGGCACAUGGACUGCGCCAGCAUCAGCAGCAGCAGCAGCAGCAACAUCUGUACCAGCAGCAGCAACAGCAUCACCAGUUUAUGCGUGCUAAUCAGCCGCCAAAUUUAACAGUAUUAUCGGCCAGCUCGGCAACGAACACGCCCACACCCACCGCCCGCCAGCCCAAGUCCGCGACGAGCCACAACCAGGCGUUGUAUGCCGUCGGAGCGGGUCCGAGCUCAGCAGCCGGAUCUGGGUCGGGAUCCCUUUCGGGGGGCAGUGAGAACAGCGACCUGAUGAUCCGACUGCGCGAGUCCAUCAAGCAGAAGGAGGAGUUCCUUAAGUCGCCGGUGCCCGCCUCCAUGACCUCCGCCUCCUCGAUCAACGGCAACCAGGCGCAGUCCUCAUCGCCGGCACAGCAGCAACACCUGCAGCAGCACCAGCAGCACUUCUUUCCCUCGCACACGCCGCCAGGUGGUGUCCAAGUGGUGGUGCCUCCACCGCGCAGUCGCCAUCAAGUGAUGCUCAAGCAGCAGCAACAGCAGCAGCAGCAACAGCAACAUCAUGUCCUUGGCUACGACAUGUACCACUCAGGUGGUGGUAAGCUGGUGCAGCGGUCUUCCACGGCGCCUGGCAGUGUGUGCCACCACCACCAGCAGCAGCAGCAGCAGCAUCACCUCUAUCACCAGCAGCAACAUCAGCAGCUCCAGCAGACGCAACAUCGCCAGGUGAUGAUCAACAACAAUGCCAAGUAUGCCAAGGAUCUGGACUAUUUUGAGACGUUGCAGGAGACAGGAGUCACCAAUAAGGUCUUUGAGCGCAAGCUGGUGUCACACAUGUCCAAGGGAUUCGAUCCGUUUAAGCCGCUGUCGAUCAACACCAGUGCCCUGGAGUCGUCUGCCAGCACGUCGAGCAGUUCGGCUACCACGACGGUGAAGAAGCAAAGUGUGCUGUACGAAUCCCUGCAGCAGCAUCCGCUGGCCAAGUACCAUCAGACGCAGCAGCAAUCGACAACGACGACGACGGUGGAUGGACAGACGAGUAGCCGCAUGGAGCUGCACAAGGCGACCCUGGCGAAUGCCACCAUCGAUCCGGUGCCAAUGGGAUCCAGCAAGUUUGUGACGCUGCCGGAUAAGCCGUCUGCUGGUUCCUCCGUUGCCACCUUGGCGGACAUCGCCGAGAGCAGUGCGGCAGCCAUUGUGGACAGUGCGUCGGGAAGCGGCAACGUUGUGCGGCGCUACAAGCCAUUAUCCUCCAGCUCCUUUGACGAAGGCAAACCAAUGCGUAGGAUAUCCUACCUGCGGGCAACCAACAAUGAGACCGACUUCAAUGCGGAGGCUGCCGCUGGCGGAGAUGCCGCGGCAACAGGGGCAUCAGGACCAGCAUCCGCAUCAGCAGCUUCGUCUGCAUCUGGACCCACGCCCUCAUCUGCUCCUGCUCCAGCUCCAGCACCAGCACCCCUGCCUAUUUCGAUCCCCAUUCCGGUGGCUGCUGUCGUCGAGCCGCAAAAGACGAAGUCCCUGGUGGAGGAGCAUCCGGAUCCCACCUACGAUGUGAUUGGAGGCACAGGUGGUGGCCACGAGUUCAUCGAGACGCCGAACGGCCUGGAGGAUGUGCGUCUGUCGGCCCACGGCAGUCGGAGGGCCUCCAUGAGCAGUGACAUGCGAAGCAGCAUCCACAUUGAUGCCGAGUUGAAUGGCAAGUAUGUGCCAAACGAACUGGAGGCCUUUGAGACGGAAAUCGAGAUCAAGUCCUCUUGCAUCAACGGAAAACGCAUGUCCGAGUACCGAUCGUGGCGUCAGGUGAAGCUGGAGAUCAAGGGAGAUCUGCUGCGUAUCUACUCAGGCCGCCAUGCCAAAUCGGAGCACAAUGUGAUAGAACUUGAUAUUAGAAACUUUAAGUUCUUCGACGAGUCGAUGGAUAAGAAGAAAUACUUGAUCCGUAUGCAGUCGAAGCCAUCGCCCAGUGGAGCUCAUUUGGCCUCCUUGGGCAACGAGUUAAACCUGGACGAGGGUCACGACAAGCUGCUAACCUCGUCGGGCAGCAGCAGUGCGAAUGAGCCGGCUGCCAACUCAGCAUCGGCCCUGACCGCAUCCACCUCCUCGUCCACCUGCAGCAGCGGUCCUUACACGGAGAUCCUAUUCAAGACGAAGAGCAGCAACGAGAUGAAGCGUCUGUUCGGACUACUGCAGUGGAAGGACAGCCUCAACUACGAUGAUAAUGAGCAUCAGCCACAGGGCAAGCAGUUGGCAGAACCACAGAAAACAGUGGCUAGCGCCAGUUACCUGGACGAUGUCCAAGGUGGAGCAAGUGCAGCCGACAGCUCACCCUUGAGCUCCCAUUCGGGUGGCAUUGCAGACGCUAGUGGCAGUCACCAUGUUUCUGCGCUACCAGCAGCUGCGGCUAUUGUCGCUGCCACCAGCGACUCCAUUUCGCCGGUGAUGAAGGCAAGGAAGUCCUCUUCGCACAAGCAUAUACCUGAUAAGGAUCUGGGAUCGCCCAAAUCGAAGAACUGGAAGGAUUUGCUCUUCCGCCGUGGCGGCAGUGGCAGCGGAGGAGUGUCGCACCACGACUUGGCUUCGCCAUCCGCCUGUGCAGCCAAGCAGAUUGGAUCCAUUGGCGUUCCCCUGCGCAGCUGCCCCAUGUCAAAGGUCAAUGCGUAUGUGCCGCAUCUGGUAGAGGUGUGCACGAACAUUGUGGAGACGAAGGGUCUGGGCGUGGUGGGCAUCUAUCGCAUACCCGGCAACAAGGCGGCCAUAUCGGAGCUGUCCGAACUUGUUAACACCAAGGACUUUCAGUUCGAGAGUUGUGCCAGCGAUGAUCGCUGGGAGGAUGUGAAUGUGGUGAGCAGCCUGCUCAAGUUGUUUAUACGCAGCUUGCCUGAUGCCUUGAUGCCGGCAAGUUACUAUAUCAACUUCAUUGAGGCGGACAAGAAGUUCGGCCUGGAGAGAAUUGUCCUGUUGCGCGAGAUUGUGGAAUCGUUACCACGGCAUCCCUACGAGACAAUGAAACACUUGAUUCGGCAUCUGUGCCGAGUGAGCGGCAAUUGCGAUGUGAACCGCAUGGAGCCCAAGAACCUGGCCAUCAUAUUUGGGCCAUCGAUAAUCAGGACGCCGAACGAUACCCUGGAAACGGCAGUCAAGGACAUGAAGCAUCAGUGCCGCAUCGUUGAGCUGCUGGUCACACAGUACGACUACUUCUUCGAAGGCGGCAGUCUGCCGGAUAUAGCCGAAGUAAGCGGCGGUACCGCUGCCGUCAGCGCCGCUCAGCCGCAGCAGCAGACGCAGGAGGAUCAGACGAGCAUGCUGCUGCACAACCUGUCGAAGAUCGAGCGGAUCACAGAGCGCGAAACCACGCGCACCUCGCGCUUUAUGCCGCAGCUCAGACGAAAGACCCAUGGCAAGCGCAGCGCCGUAAACUCGGACACGUACUCCGGCGAGAGCGUUCUGGUAAGCGGAAGCUCCUCCAACACCACAACCAACACCACCACCACCACCCACACCACAAGUAGCACAAGUAGUAGCAACACCAUCACCACAACCAUCAGCACCACCACCAUCCAGCAGCGACGGGCGCAGCGCAAGGCUGUGCAGAGCAUUUGCGACCAGGCUCUAAUUCUGCUCCUGCCCACACCCGUUUCUUCCGUCUCUCUUCCCUUUCAGUCGUUGGACUACGCCAAGGCGUCCGCCUCUGCCUCGGCAUCCGCGAGCAGCACCGCCAGUACUUCGAGCAGUUCGACGCUCCACAGCGGUGGCAAGGCAUCUGCCUCAUCCUCAUCCAGUUCCACUACCAAGUUCAGCUCAUCGUCAUCGUCGGCGUGCUCAACAACGGCGGUGGCUAUUUCUUCCUCCAUCUCGGCGACGUCCUCCAAAUUGUUGAGCGCCAAUUUUAAGAAGCGUAGCACGGGAGGUUUCCUGGGCUCAAGAUCAUCGCAUCAGACGCGCAAGGCCAGCUUAGACGAAAAGGACUCAGGACAGUCGUCUGGCAGCCUUGGUCACAGCCUGGGAGUAGGCAUCAAUCUGGCCAAGGAACAACAGCGCAGCAGCGUGGACAUAUCCAUUCUGCUAACGGACGACGACUCUAGCAGCAGGCUGAGCGAUACGGGUUCCAUGUCGCUGACGACCAUUACGGACACACUGGACAGCAAGCUACGCAACUUGCGCAGCGGCUCCGAAUCGAACGAUGAGAAUGGAUCGCCCGAGUUUCCCAAGAACCGGCGGCACACCUUGGGUCAACCGCUGCACAUGCACUCCGAGAACAUUCCGUAUGCGGACGAGUCGCCUGAGCGGCUGUUCCAUCAGUUUUGCAAUCCCCUGGAGACAGCCCCCUUAUCCCUGCACCUAAGCCGCUCCUGCACGGCCACCAAUACAAUUGGGGGCGAGGAAAAGCCUUCAAAGCAGUCGGGUGGAGUUGCACCACUGCCCCCAAGUUUGCUUAAGGCGGCACAUAAGCUACAGCACUCAGCCACGGUGCCCAUUCAUCAGGGAAGCUCCACUGCACCAACCAGUGGAGCAGCCACGCCAGUAGGCACGCCAACCGGGAGCGGUGGGGCCGGCGCUAUUCCCUCGCGCAGCUCUUCGAGCAGUGUCACGACGCUAACCAAGAGCAUACAUCCCAGGUUCAGUAACUAUCUAAGCUACGAAAGAGGCAAUGCAGCCGCUGGAGGCGCUGAAAGGGUGGUGGGAUCCGCCGGAGGAGCUGCCUCCGACGACGAUUCCGAGGGCUCGACCACCAGUGAUCCCAAGGAGAAGCUGCUUCUCGGCGAACGCCCGUCGCCUUCGUUUUUUAUCGAGCGCUACAACAAAAAGAGACGAGAUCAUCGGUUAUUUCGCAGCGCCAGUUUCAAUUGCCGGAACUACUCCACCCGGCACAUAACGGCGCAGCCCUCCGGAGGAGUAGCGGCGGGAGUAUCGGGCGGAGUAGCUGGAGCGGUGGCGGUGGGAGUGGCUUGCUGCCAGGCAUUGAGCACCACUGGCUUGACCAAGGACGAGAAGACUGAUAUGAACCUGACCAAGAAGCGCCAGAUCCAGAACAAGCAGAAUCGGUCCAUUAAGCGGCGGCAUACAGUAGGCGGACCUCACGACUAUUCCGCCAGCAAUGGUGGCUGCUCGAAUCACUCACACGGUCACGACCUGGCAGCCAUCAACUACAAUCACCACAAUCGCCAUCACCAGCAACAGUUGCUGAAGCUGGGCAGCGCCACAUCUGGCGGUGGAGGCAGUGGCGCAGCCGCGGCCGAGACGACGACCACCACAACGACCACCACCACGGUGCUGCGGCGCCUCGGUACGGGUCAAGCUGGCGCCGAAGCGAGUGUGGCCUUGCCCGCAUCUAGUUCCGGAUCCAGCAGCAACAACAAUAACUCGCCCCAAAGCGAUGGCAGUAAUGGCAACGGCGGUGGAGUAGCAGGAGUGGCCUCCAGUGCACCGCCGACUGGCGUAGGUGUGGGUGGCAACAACAGCAGCGGAAGCAGCAGCAACAGCAGCAGCACCAGCACAACUCCCGCUGGGAACGGCGAUCAGGUCCUGGAAGUGGGCAUACGCAUCAAGAACAUUAACCGGGGUCGCUUCUAGAAACCUGUAUUCCCAGACUAAGAACAAACAGUCUAUACAAAACAAAAAGUGUAAUAUGGCUAAAGGCAGACAGUCUGCUUAUAUCGCGUUUUAAAGAACCUGACAAAAAACAUAGUUUAUAGCUCCUAGUGCAGAUUGCUGCGACAAGACCACCCCGAAAUAGCAGUUGCUUAAAUGUGGUUAACCUGAUUAAUUGACACUUUGAAUCCCACAGUUUACAAGAGUAUUAACGAAAGGUUUAAUAUAUAUAAACAAAGGCAUAACGAGAAGAUAUUUAACAAUAGUCGGUUAGACACACAAAAGCUAAACACACCUUUUUAAAAAACAAAGUUAAAUUGAAUGUUAACCCUGAACAAAGUUGCUAGAAAGGCAAAUCGAUGUAGCAAAGGCUAUGCGCACACCUCUAAGUAGUCUUGCUUCACAGACCCUUGCGUUUAAAACAAAGUUUUGCAUGUUAAACGGUGAAAACUAAUUUUAAAUUCAAGUGGGGCGUGGCAAAGCUACUUGAAAGGAGUGCGAAUACCUUGUGCUGCUUAGGUUCUGUAAAAAGUAGUCAUCAUAAUCUAUUUUACUAUAUAUACCUAUAUCAAUGUGCAGUUGCAGUGUUGUGUCCGAAUUGGGUCUUAAAAGUUAACCAAAAGGAGUGUUGAGAAGUGUUGAUUGCGAAACAAAUCAGCAGAGCAGUUGAAAUACAUAAUCUUACAUAAUCUAACACAAUAUAUUUAUAUAUUCAUGCGCGGACCCGAGGAAGUUGUGUCGAAUACAAUACAUUACAAAUUGAAACCCAUUGAAACCCGACCCAGGAAAACUUAAACUAACUAGUUGGCAAGGAUCCGAGAUCGAAUUGCUUAAUGCACUGCAAUGAGAACAACUAAUGGCACAACUUCGAGGGAAAACAAAUCGUAUUAAUGCAACGCACGAAAAACAAUCUGUACCGAGGGCAGGAAGUAAUUUAUUCGCACACACGAAGUACACAAAACACACAAAUUAAAUGGGAACCAAGCAAAGAUGGCAGGUAUAUUGCGGGAGACAGAGCAAGAUAUAUACACAUAGCGAGUGACAAGGAGAGGGAGAUAGAAAGAGAAAGAACUAUUUUGUAAAACUUAUACAACACAUUACAGAGAAAUCGCAUAAGCAACCACCUACGCAAAGGAACAAUUGAUGGAGAGUCGCCUGUCCGUGUCCGUGCACCAGGAUGAGUCCUUUUGACAACCAAGUUGUGCUAGGUCCUGCAUAGGGAUCAGUUCUGUUCUUAAUUUAGAUGUGCAUUCGUUUUUUUUUUCUGUGUACCUCCGUACCUGUUGUACAAAAAUUGUAGGGCUGAUGAUCCCCAUUUUGGUGCCUUAAAUUAUUGGCUUUAAAGAUUCUGUUAACCUUUUUUCCACCCACAAAAUUGUUUUUAUACAAACCAAUUUUUUUUUUAUUAUUUAUUUGGAUGGUGCUGGCGGAAAUGCAUGAUAUAGGUGCAGCUACAAAGCUAUGAAGUAGGGAAUCAGUUUUCCCGAUUAUCCCGACAGGCGACGUGUUCGAAAUUAGGUUUGAUUGAUAGAGCGACUAUAUGUUUACCAUGUGACGCACGAGAAACGGCAUAAAUUUACAUUUACAUAUAUAAUAUUAUAUAUUUUUGUGUAGUUUGUAUAUGAUUUAAGUUUGGAAAAUACAAGAACGCAUAAAAGUACAUGCAAAUGCAUAUGAUUAAGCGAUUAGAUAGUAGUUGUAUAGUAUUCCUCCCAUUUUUUUGCUGUAUAUACGAGUUAAUUUUUUUGAUUUCAUUCGCAAUUAUGAUUUACACCAACCCCAAAAAGGAUAUAUAAAGAUUAUAUAUUUUGUACGCAUUUUGUUUUGUUACCCGAUGGCAGAAAAUGAAAGAAAAUCGAGAUGGCGGGCGUAAAGAAGUAUAUAGAAAGUACCCAAGCGCGUAACGUUGCUAUAUAAAUAUUAUGAUUAACUAAAAACAAUUUUUUGUUAGACUUUAGGUAGUUAUUUUUUAAAAAUUGUAUUUUCUAUUAUACAUGUAUACAUCUAUAUAUAUUUUAUUUGUAUUAUGAUUUUUUUCAACAACAAGUAAAUGUGGAUUUUCUAUAAUGCUGACAACACAAUAAAAAAGAAACAACCAAUAUUACGAAUAAAUUGUACAAGUAUAAACCAG